GUAGCGAAGUAGUGAGAACUUGUACUGCGCGUGAUGCCCUCAUGCCAGAAUAUCGUAAAUUUAUGUGUUCUGUGAAUGUAAACUGCAGUAUAGGAUCGUGAAUUAAAACUGUACUCUCCUAUGUGAUAGAUAAUUCAGCUAUCUGAACAGUGUAUGUUGUUGGUAGGCGAGUGAAAAAACUAGAUGCUCCUUGCUGGAGGGCGCUGAUGUCGUUUCUUGGUUGUGUACCCGCGCUGUGGCGUAGCAGACUAUAUUAUUCCAUUAUCUUACGCGCGUCUCUAGAGUGUCCUAGAGGCGCUGGAUAAGAGUUUACCGUGGAUGGUUGCGUUUUCCGUAAGUGACCAGUUGCUGCAAAUGAUUUUCAUUCCGUAUCCGGUAUUCUGGCAUGUGUAGCGUCGCUAGCGUCGAUCACACCACGUCGGCCUGCUAUUUAGCUGUUAAUGAUUGGUAUAGCAGCGGAUUACAGGCAGCCUAGAUCUGUUAGUGCGUCAUCGCUGCUAGGAAGAUCAGUGGCUAGACAGUGGCUACUACACGGUCGGAGGAGACUAGCCGCCAUUGCGGAAUUCAUCAGACUUCGGGUCAACGUACCGUGCGUUCAAUCAACCUAGUGAAGAGUAGCAUCAAUCAAACUGCACGUGCAUCGCUAGCCGAUCGAAACGAGCUGCGCCUUUGUUCCCCCGGAAUGGAAGAUUGUACCACGCUGUCGCCAAACGGUGGGAGCUUGGAAUGCCCUGUACAGUCGACCAUCAGGAGUGACACGGUGACCGGCCUGGCGGGCAAUACGUGCCACUUCUAUCGCCUUGGUUGUUGCCGCUUUGGCAGCACGUGCCGUUUCGUACACUCUUUUGACACCUUCAACGAUGGGUUUAUUGCGAGCGAUGAUGCAUCAGACGCUAGGAUGGGCGCUAACGAGUCAAAUCCAGUGACGGUAGCACACAAGGUGAAGUCGGCUACCGCGAACCACCAGCAACCCAUCACCGGUGGCCGUUAUGAUAGUGCAAAGCCAGAGCCUUCCGGUGAAUGCAUGCAUGCACCAACAGCAGCAGCAGCAGCAGUAGAAGCACUAGUACCACCACCACCGACGGCUGCAGAUCGCACACAGUGCCGUGUCGCGUCGGAGGGGGAACCAAAGCGCACCCCUCAGUCGCAGCUGGAUCCAUCGAUAUGGAUUAAGGCGCCGGUGUUUGUACCGCGCUCGCGGGUGCACGGCGACAUCGGUCGAGCAGGGUCGCCGGAACUGGUUCUUCCUCUGCCACAAACGUCCGCAAACGCUGCGAUAGAUCUCGAACGACAGCCGGCAGGAGCGGAGGGUGACACUGGCAGCACGAGCGAUGAUGGUGCCUGCGCUGUGUCUACCCUUUCGUAUGCCAGCAUCGUCAAGCAGAAAGACAACCACAAUGGCUCGGGCCUGGUCAUUUCAGCCAACACUCAGCUGUGUACGUACUUCGAGCGCCACGGCUACUGUCCGCUCGAUGACUGCUGUUCGGUGCACGGGCUACUGUGCGAGCUGUGCGGCAAGUACGCCCUGCACCCGAUGAACCAAGAGCAGCAACGCAAGCACAACGCGGAGUGCAUCAAGCAGCACGAGCUCGACAUGGAGCACUCGUUCGCGGUGCAGCGUUCACGCGACAAAACAUGCGGUGUCUGUCUGGAAAUCAUCCUGGAGAAGCCACCCCGUGAACAACGCUUCGGCAUUCUGCCCAACUGUAAUCACAUCUUCUGCCUGGACUGUAUCCGGACCUGGCGCAAAAUGUCCAACUUUGAGAACAAUAUCAAACGCGGCUGCCCGACUUGCCGCACGCCGUCCGACUUUGUAUGUCCCAGCUUCGUUUGGGUAGAGUCGGGCGAGGAAAAGGAAAGGCUGAUCCGGGACUACAAGAAGGCGUGUAACUCGACCGAUUGUAAACAUUUCCGCAAAGGGGCCGGUACGUGCCCGUUCGGCAAUCGAUGUUUCUACCGGCAUGCUACACCGGAGGGGGAGUUGGUCGAUGUGGGGGCACCUUCCCGUCGGCACGGCGAUAUUCGCGGUCAAAUCCGGCGUAAUAACCAUGUCCAGCUGCAAAACUUUUUUUUCCAUAUACUUAAUCAACGAAGCAUGCUGCUAGACGACUUCGUGACGUAUCUACUAUCGGAUGAUGAAGAGUCCGAAGGCUCCGACUUGUUUGAUUACGAGUUCUAGGUGUGGCGAGUACGUUUGCUGCAAACGAUCGGUUUUUGUUGGUUUGUGGCCGGUUCAUUACGCAUUCCUAUAAAUUCACAAGUGCACACCCACACACACACACACGAUCGCUCAAGCAAGUAACACUCGCAUACAUACCACGGCCAUUUUGAAACUGGCAGCCGAGAGUCUCGCACCGGACCAUGCUGAUCGUGCUGCAAUGUGUGGGUGACAAUCUAUCAAACCAUGAAAUAUUGCAAUAUCGCCACAAUCACCAUCACUACCACAGCUGGAUUCGAUUAACGUUAGAACAAUUACCACUGCCUUUGGCUACCUUCCCCCCUUUCGCCCAUUCUCGCGCUCUAUCCUUUCAAUCCUUACCCUUUAACCAUCGCGCCCCACCCCUCCCCCUCCGCCUCCUCAUAACCAAUACAACAAUAUCUCUCUUUAGUAACAAAAUGUAACAAAUAGUAGGUAUCCCAAUCUCUGUUAGACUCAUGUUGUACCAUGUCUCAGUCAGUAUAGUGUUUCACCGUACUCAGCACUACCUCAUAACCAUUUGCUGUCAUAACGGCGUGACGUAUAAUGCCUAACCAACGUACCCGUCUGCCCAACCGCCGCAUCUACCGUUCUCUUGUUUCAUUCGUCCUAUAUACCACAAACCGAUCCCAAGCAAUUAAUUCAAGAUUUUUGCUUUCUAUAUACUAUGAAAUCAAUCGCACGCGCGUUACCAAUGCUUCAUUUACUUUUUACAACGAAGCAGAAAAGGAUUUGUUUGUUUAUGGUGAGUUUGAUAAGUUUAUUUGAAUUAUCCUCUCAAUGAGUUUUAUGUAUCUACGAGGAGAGCAAUAAAUCUAGAACCUCGGUCCAGUAGGACUAGCAACCAGUCA